UAGGAAAUCUCAUCCUUUUUUUCAAGUACUUAAAGAUGUAACAGCAGAAAAAUUGUAAACAAAAAAAAAAGAGUGUAAAGUUUAUAUAAAAAGAGGGUGGUCUCAUUACUUGGCUACCAUCAUAAAUGUCCAUUUAAAAUGAGUGUUGUUUACUUUAAGUAUCUUAUAAAAGUCAAGUCGAAAUCAAGUUAUUUAAAUGUUCCUAAAUUCAUAUGAUUGUCAUGUCUUAUUUUACUUUUUUUUAUAUCUAUGUUUAAAUAUUUAUUUCCCUAAAAGAAGGAACUAUUUAGUGAUGAUAUUUAUUUUGUUUUUAUUUAUUUCUAAUUAUUUCUGUCUGUUUAAUUUCAUAUUUACAUUUAUAUAGUUUAGCUGAGUUGCGUAACUGAAACUUUCCCUGAUACAAUUCCCGCCCAGACGCGUUUCUAUAAGUCCGUAUAAUAUUUCUUUCGCAUAGCUUUUUUAUUUAUUUAUUUAUUUAUAUUUUCACAUCUUAUUGAUUUAACUUAUUUCAAUACGAUAGACAUAAAAAUAAGUUGUUAAGCUAAAUGUUAAUAAUACAAUGUUCUUUUCCCAUUUAUGUCAAAUAAUUCACCACCACGGUAGUGACAAGACAUACGGUUUGAGGUAACACACUUAGACUAAAGUAACUUGACGCGAUGUUGGUAAAGCCGACUAAACUAACGACGCCGUUUGGUAUUGCCGAUAUCUUGAAAGAUAAAACUGCUACAAGGCUGACCAAAAGAGAAAGCGCUUGGAGUCAUCCCGAACACGAAGUUUUGCUUAAAAAAAGAAAGUUUACAUUUUCCGAUACGGUUAUUAAAAACAACGAAUACAAAGUUUCUUUUGAAAAUAAAAUUUACCCAUGGAGGGACACGUCCUGUCGUCACGAUGUCGCUGAUAGUUACAAAUCGCCGCCUAACGAUUCUUUUAACGAAUGUCAAAUUCCUUAUGGAUUUACAGAAUCGUUUUUACCGCCAAAAAGAAGCACAGGGCGUGCAUACGAACCUUCUUAUUAUCAACCAAAAUAUUUCACAUUUUCACCAAAAACGCCGAAUAUUUGUCGUUUGUCGGAGUUUCAACACGUUAAGAAUUAUAUUGAUUAUCCGACAUCAGCAAUGCUAUACGUAGAAAAAUACAGAAAAUCUUUAAACAACGAACUUUGCGAUACAUCCUACACUUUCAGUGACGCCGUUAGGCCAACAGAUUACAAAUUUGAAGGUUAUUACACUUGCAAUGAAUUCAUUUCACCUUGCUCAUCGAAACCGUCGACGCCGGCAUUUUGUGUCGGGCGCAAAUCCGAAUCGCCAAAGCUGGAAAAUCAAGAUAUUGGGGAAUGUCGAAGCAAUAAUAACGAUGAUGAAGUUUUUACGACAACAAGAAAUAAUGGAGCAACGCCGCCAACGCCAAAGUCAAGCCGCCCGACAUUUAACGGUCAUCAGAUUUUUCAUUUGGAAAAAACGUUCGAAAAAACAAAAUACCUCGCUGGUCCAGAACGCGGGCGAUUAGCAAAAGCUUUAAGAAUGUCAGAAAAUCAAGUCAAAGUUUGGUUUCAGAACAGGAGAACAAAAUGGCGAAAAAAGUUGUCACGUGAGAGAUCGUGCGAACCAAUUGAAAGUUUGCUUGAAGAAAAACAUUACGUUGCCUCAAGCUUGAUAAAUUUGUGUCACCAUAGAAACUCUGGUGGAUGCUGAAAUGGGGUUUCCCACUUAUUGUUUCCUAAGGAAGCUAAAUUACAGUUUUUCAUUGUCAAGAAUAAUAGAAGAAUUACAUUACUGUACAUCCACUAAUCUGGAUGCGUUUUAUACAUAAUCUGAAAUGCCAAAAGCAUCAAAACACCCUUUAAAAAACGAAAGUUGUGUUGUCAUCAAAAGUUUUUAUUGUAUAUAUCGCUGUUAGUCAAUAUUGUCUCGAUUAAUAAACAAAAUACCACCUUG